UCACAUCAAUGGCCUCCAAAUGCGUCACCGUUGCAAAGCUCCUCCUCCGAUCAAACCGCUCAUUGACGUCGGCCGCCGCCUCUCCGGUCACCGGCCGUUAUAAGUCAUUCAGCUCCCAGUUCUACCGAGGAAGAGAGUUGUUCAUAGCACUUUGAUAGCAAGGAUGAGACAUCCGAUUAUGACUCAAGGUCGGGAAGCGAUGUGCAAUGCAGAGGAAUACCAGUCAGAGGCAAUAGUGAGGAUUGACAUGCCUGGAAUCGGGAAAGACGGUCUGGACAUUCAGAUCAAAGGCGAUUCAAUCCACAUCGUUGGGAAGGCAGAGAAAGAAGCAGAAGAUGAAGAGGAUAUGGCAGUGAGGAUAUACAAAGGCGCGAUUGAUCUUCUUCCGAGUCUUUACGACACACACGAAAUCAAGGCGUCCAUUAAGUUGGGUGUUCUAAGAACGGUGAUUCCGAAGAUGAAAGGCUCAACUCCCAAUAAUGCCGCGACGAUCAAGUUUCACGGCGCCCCCGACGUCGUGCUACCGUGGGAAAGAGACGUGUGAAGGAUAGAAUUACAAUUGGCUGGAUCUUAAUUUACUCUCUAGUUAACUUACAACUGACUAUUGUUAUAAAUUUAAUGUCUGUUUGCUUUGCUGCUAUGUAUAUAUCCAUGAACAAUCAGUUUGGAAUUUUUUUAAUUGCAAAGGGAUAUA